AUGGAGAUGGUGGGGUUUCGAUAUGAUCCUACAGAUGAAGAGUUGAUGAAGAUUUUAAUGAAGAAGGUCGACGAUGCUGAACAAACUCACCUAAAUCAUCAUUUUGAUUUUAUUGUGAAUGAUUGUGAGGUAUAUGGCAAAAUUCCUCCAUGGGAAAUAUAUGAUUCUCAUACCCACUAUCAUUUACACACUUUCCACCGCAAGCUCUAUGUCUUCACCGACCUCAAAACAACAACCGGCAAUCGUGUGUGCAGGGCUGCCGCUUGCGGAACCUGGCUUGAAAAAAGCAAGCCCAAAAGAAUCUAUGAUUCUCAGGGCAAUGUUAUUGGGAUCGACAGGAUGCUCUCUUUUAAGGCCAAGGAUCUUCAUUCGGGCAAACUCAAUAAAACUAAUUGGAUAAUGCACGAGUUCUCCUUGGCGAAUCAGGAAUUUGGAAGAAUCAACACAGUCCUCUGUGUCAUCUAUAAACUAAACAAAGGGUCAGGGUCAGAUUGUGAGGAGGCCAACGGAAGAGGUCUCAAAAGAGCUUUUUCUUCUACUACUGCUGGUGAAGAGUUCUCAUGCUUCAAUACAAAUGCUGCUGCUGUGAUUUCACUUGAGCCUGAGCCUGAGCCUGAGCCUAUGAUGCCUAGUGCUGAUGAUGAAGAGUUUGCUGCAUGGGUUUCUGGAUGUUUUUCUUCUACUGCCGCUGUAGCUGAAGAGGCCUCAACCUUCAAUACAACUGGUGUGAUGUCACAUGGACAAGAAGAUGCCCAAGCCCAAGAACACAAAAAAAGACGGUUGGAUGCUGAUACUUUUACGGAUGAAGAUUUUGCUGCAUGGGUAACUGAUCCCACAUUCCCAGAUGAACCAUUGAGUCAAAUAUUUUCUGAUCUCCCACCCCUGGUUGAAGUAUGCAGUCAAUCCAAAUCAGACUCUGUUGCUGAUGCUGAUUUUGAUGCAUUAAUUACUUCAUUAAUUUCUGAUCCGGCACAAUCCGAUGAAGCAUGGAGUAAAAUCUUUUGUAUAUGA